AUGGCCAUUUGUCAGUUCUUCCUUCAAGGCCGGUGCCGCUUUGGAGAUCGGUGCUGGAAUGAGCAUCCUCGUGCCGGGAGUGCAGGCGGGGCGCGGAAGCAACCUCAGCAGCAGGCCUCAGGUAGUACCAGACGGUGGAAUGACGGUAAUCAGAGAUCCUCCAGUGUGAUCCAGCCAUCCAGUUUCUCCAAGUCUCCGCCAUUAGGGGGCAGCAGAGAUCAAGUGACUCCAUCAGGCAGCACUCUUGGUUCUGGAACUUCAUCUAGCAGCAGUGGAGAUUUGAGAUUAUCUCAGAGCUCACUUACUUCACUUAACUCUGAUGAGCAGAAAGAUGAAAAGAAACUUAUAGAAGGAACUAUAAAAGAUAUGGAGGUUUGGGAAUCAUCAGGACAGUGGAUGUUUUCUGUUUAUUCUCCAGUGAAAAACAAGCCUAAUGUUUCAGGUUUUACAGACAUUUCCCCAGAGGAGUUGAGGCUUCAGUACCAUAACUUCUUAACCAGCAAUAAUUUACAGAGUUAUCUAAAUUUUGUCCAACAAUUAAUAAAUCAAUGGCGGCACAGGGUAAAUGAAUUAAAAACUCUAAAUACAUCAGCUAACGUGACGUUGCUCUCGGAUAGAAAAGUCAGUCAACCAGCAUCUGCAUUUGGAUUUGGCAGUCGACAAGGCUCAGCAUUUGAAUCAGCAGGUUUUCCAGUGAAUAACAGUGUCCGUGAUAAUGCUCAGAAUUUUAGUUUUAAAUUGAGCUCUGAGAACUCUUCGGCGUUUGGGAGCCAGUCGGCAUUUGGGGCUGCCCCGUCUGCCAAUCCUGCCAUCACGACGUCCACUCCAGCUUUUGGGUUUGGAAAAACAGAAGGCACAUCUGCAUCUUUGUUUUCAUUUAAAAUUCCAGCACCAUCUGGGUUUGGAUCACCUGGAUUUUCAGCAUUUCCAUCAACCUUGGCGCCAGGCUCUAUAGGAGCUCCAGCAGCGCCAGGCUUCGGGAGUGGUACUUCUGGAGGAGGCUUUGGUAAUCCAGCCUCACAUCCGAAUGCUGGCUUUUCCAAACCAUCAAAUAAAGUCUUUGGAAAUAGCAGCAUUGCUGCUUCUCUGCCAAUCUCAAGUGGCAGCAUCAAAACAGAUAAUAUGUUAUUCACGCCCAAGGAUCAGCUAACAGCAGAAGAAUUGAAACAAUUUCAAUGCAGGAAAUUUACUCUGGGAAAAAUUCCUUUAAAGCCACCACCUUUGGAGCUUCUAAAUAUUUAG